AUGGGUAUUUCUCGCGACUCCCGUCACAAGCGCUCGGCUACCGGUGCGAAGAGGGCCACCUACCGCAAGAAGAGGGCCUUCGAGAAGGGUCGUCAGCCCUCCAACACCCGUAUCGGUACCAAGAGAAUCCAUCUCGUCCGUACCCGCGGUGGUAACCGCAAGUUCCGUGGUCUCCGUCUCGAGGCCGGUAACUUCUCGUGGGGAUCCGAGGGAAUCUCCCGCAAGACCCGUGUCAUCGUCGUGGCCUACCACCCCUCCAACAACGAGCUGGUCCGUACCAACACCUUGACCAAGUCCGCCGUUGUCCAGAUCGAUGCCGCUCCCUUCCGUCAAUGGUACGAGGCCCACUACGGCCAGCCCAUCGGUCGCCGUCGCCAGCAGAAGUCCGACGCCCCCGAGGAGAAGAAGAGCAACAGCGUGACCAAGAAGCAGGCUGCUCGCUUCGCCGACAACGGCAAGGUCGAGUCCGCCAUCGAGCGACAGUUCGAGGCCGGUCGUCUGUACGCCGUCAUCGCCUCGCGUCCCGGCCAGAGCGGCCGUGUGGACGGUUACAUCCUGGAGGGUGAGGAGCUGGCUUUCUACCAGCGUGCGAUCCGGAAGUAA